AUGAAUACAUUCGACUCAUCGGCGCCGCCUCUGACAGGUCCCAGUACCUCCGGAGGAGCCAAAAACAACCACUCAUCGCCACGCUCGCCUACAGAUUCAGCCCUGUCAUCUUCCUUCGGCAGCACCCGGUCCCACUCAAGCUCCUCGUCCCGGAACCAUGUGCGUAGCCAGAACCAAGUUCAGACCUCAUCCCAAUCCACCGAGUUCACGCCAAUCAACCCACCCGGUCCCGCGGGGCGCAACUAUCAGUCCACAGAGCAAACAGCCGCCUCCCAGCUCAAAGACCUCCAAUUAAACAACGCGAACCGUGACAAUGGUGGCCAACCAGCGAACCAAGACUCGCCUUCCGAGCCCCAGCAAUCCUGGUAUAGUCAAUUCGCAGAUCGAUACGGUAGCCUCGAGCUAGAGAACAAAGGCAGUGUGGCCCGCGAUCACCUCGCAUUGGAACGAACCUUCCUAGCCUGGAUGCGCACCUCCCUGGCCUUCGCCUCAAUCGGCAUCGCCGUAACACAACUCUUCCGCCUGAACAGCGCCUCCACAAACACGCACGCCAAUUUCUUCGACCCAGCAUCUGGCUCACCCUCAGGCAUCCUCCCACCACACCUCGCCUCGUCUGGUUACGAUUCAACCACGUUCCACGUCUCCUCUACAUCCUCCCGUCUUCGUAGCGUGGGCAAACCCCUCGGCUCUACUUUUAUCGGCGUCUCGAUCCUCAUCCUCCUUGUUGGCUUCCACCGCUACUUCCAGAGCCAGUAUUGGAUUAUUCGUGGGAAGUUCCCUGCCAGUCGGGGCAGUGUGACACUUACAGCCUUUGCGGCUGCUUCACUGAUUAUUGCUACUCUUGCGGUUAUCUUGGCGGUUUCGCCGGGGGCUGUUGAGACUUAG